GGCGCCCAGGAGACAGUAAACAGAAAACCAGUGGUCACUGACAGACAACUGAAAAACACGUUUUACACUGACAUUUAUCAUCAGAAUGGGCGGGAUUUGACAAAUUUACACCUCGUGAUAUUCUUAUUAUUAGCCAGACAAUUAAUACAUUUCUCUUGGCAAAAUGGGCUGCGAAGGCAGUAAAAACGCAGACACAAAAGUGAACCACGAAAAACCACUUCAAAAUGAAACAAGGAAACAGAGCAGCCCGACCCAGCCUUUGAAAAAUGUUGAAAAUGGAACAAUUGGCAAACCAAUUGACAUCUGCGAAGAGGAGAAAGAGAAGGAUAAAACUGGCGAAGAAUCGUCGUUUCCCGAACCAGUUGAAAUUCCUGACAUCCAUGCCACACAUUUGUUAGGUGUCACUGAGGAUAGUAAAAUUGAAGAAAUGUUAGCAAGAUUUGGAGAGAAUGAACUGUUUGUGGAUGAGGAGUUCAAGGCAGAUCAGAAGGCAUUAUUUUACAGUGGCAGAGUUGAAGAGGAUGUAGUUUGGCUCAGACCAAAGGACAUAGUUAAAGAAGGUCAGAUACCACAUCUGACAGUUGAUGGUGUGACUCGUGAUGACAUAAAACAGGGGAUCCUUGGAGAUUGUUGGUUCCUUUCUUCUUGUGCUGCUGUCUCUGUGCAGGAGAGAUUCAUGAACAAGAUAAUUGGAAAGAACCAGGUGUUGUGUGGAAAUGGUUAUAAGGGAAUAGUUCAUUUUUGUAUGUGGAGAUUUGGGGAAUGGGUGGAUGUGUAUAUAGAUGAUCUCCUGCCAACAAAGGAUGGGAAGUUAUUUUAUGCCAAGUCUGAGGAUCCUACAGAGUUCUGGCCACCACUCAUUGAAAAAGCAUAUGCUAAACUACAUGGAUCUUAUGAAGCCAUAGAAGGUGGGCAGACCAUGGAUGCACUUGUUGAUCUCACUGGUGGGCUGGCAGAGAGGUGUGAAUUGAAGGAAGUGGAUGUCAAUAAGUUUAAACAUUUCCACAGGGCUCAUCAGGCAGGAGCAUUCAUUGCUUGUUCCAGAAAGGGAGAUUGGACCAUGUCAAUUGAAGCAGAUCCAAAUGGUUUAGUUAGUGGUCAUGCCUACUCUAUCACUGAUUUAGCAACUGUGACAGUAAAACGUCCUGGUGCUGUGGAAAUUAUUGAGAGGCUUCUUAGAAUCAGGAAUCCAUGGGGAAAUGAGACUGAGUGGAGAGGAGCUUGGAGUGAUGACGAUGAAAACUGGCAGUGGCUUGAUGAAAAAACUAGAGAAAAGCUUCACCAUAUAUCAAAAGGGGAUGGAGAGUUUUGGAUGCGCUAUGAAGAUUUCUGCUCAGAAUUUUCAGAAGUUACAAUUUGUACCCUUGGUCCAGAUUUUGAUGGAGAUGGGGUCACAGAUCAAGCAGGUCACAUUGAGAAAGUGAAGGGAGAGUGGAAAAAAGAUAUUUCAGCAGGAGGAUGUAGAAAUGAUUUAGCCAGCUUUGCCACAAACCCACAAUACCUUUUAACAUUAACCGAGCCAGAUGAUUUUGAUAGUAGUAUAGAUGAUCUAGAUGAUGAAGGAAAGUGUAGUGUUGUGAUUGCUCUGAUGCAAGAGCAUCGCAGAUCUCAGCGACAUUUGGGAGUCAAAAUGUUACAGAUUGGAUUUGUGAUCUAUAAGACAGAAGAUCCAGAAAACAGAUUGCCAGAAAAACACUUCCGUUACAACUAUGAUACAGGCAAAUCUGGUGUUUACAUCAAUUAUCGUGAAGUCAGUGGACGUUUUCAGUUAGAACCAGGUCACUAUAUUGUAAUUCCGUCCACUUUCAAUAAAAAUGAUACAGGGAGUUUCCUUAUGAGGUUCUUUGCACAGAAAAAGUUCACAGUGAAGAAAAUGUAAAACAAAUUUUUGCUUUAU